GUGCCUUACCACUUCAAAUGUCGCGAUCGCUAUCAUAGGAGUAAAAGGGAGUAUGAGGAGCAGUUUCAACGUGAAAUCGCUCAAUUAAUGAAUAAUCUGAACACGGCAUACGAAGCUGCACGUUUCAAUCGACAUUUGUGCAUUACUACCUUGUGGCCACCACUGCACAAUCGUGCUGAAUUUAUCCACACACAGCGAUACUAUUUCCGUCUACAAUCCAGACAACGGCGACGUUUAAAUCAGAUUAUUGCUACCAAUUUUCAAUAACCGACAUACGAUGAUGUGUUAUAUGAUAAUGUGCUUUAAAGGGACACACAACAAUUUCAUAAAUGUUUUUAUAGAAAACACUUAAAAGGUUUAUAAACCUAUACUUACCUCACUAUCUGGUCAUCUAAUGCAUGAAUAUUAUUUAUUUUAUAUAUAUGUUCUAUGAAAUAA